CUUGUUUCUUUCUUCCUUUUUUUAUUUUUAUUUUUUAACUUAAAGCAACCUUUUCUCGCCACUAAGUUCUUUAAAAAGUAUCUUCUCCUAGCUAUUAGUGCUAUUUAGGUACUUACUACAUAUUCAAAUCUUCUCCUCUAUUGAAAACUAAACCAGAAUCAUAAUUAUUCGAUCAAGAUGUCUUCAGAGGCAGCUCCAUCAGUACUGCUUCAUUUUGAAUAUCCCUCCAGAAUCUCGGAAGAGAUGUACAAAGGACAUGAAAGCGCAUCGUACCAGGUUUUAUUCAUGAGCCAGGCAGGAUCAAGGGAUAUCAAGUUUGAGACGGAUCUUUCUUGGAUUAUUCCAAACGACCAUACUCAGGUCUCUAACUUUGCAGAUGAAUCCUCUUCAAUAAGUACUAUUAAUAAUGAGAUCACAGCACCGCCAAUCAACACAACAAUUCGUAUCUCCAAUCAAACCAGCAACUUUACUGUUACGAGUCAUGAAGUACCAGAACCAAACAAUGCUACUCGCCGCGGAGAGCUUAAUUCUUCAAGUGCGGGACAAUCAUCCAAAGAUAUUGGUUCGGAAACUUUAAAUUUUGUUGCUUACAGUUCGAUAAAUAGACAAUUUUUAUAAGGUGGGGAAUGUUAACUACAUUGGUUUUGGUACAUACGAUGAAUUAAUAAUAUCGAGUGGCUAGCUAAUCAAUCAUGAAGAUCGAGGAGUUUUCUAUGUCUGCCAUUUCAAAAUUAUUUUACACUAUCUCUGUCUAAAAAAAAAAAUAGUCCAAUUAAGUUUUUAAAUUUGUACUAAAUACAUACUCUUUCGGUCCAACAAAAAUAAUGAGCAUUACAAUUUAUGAAUUAACUGUUUCUAGUUUUUUUUAAAAAAAAUAUAAUCCACAUUGCGUUGCAAAAUCUCUAGUAUUAAUGAAUUUUGUAUCGUUUAGCUAAUGAGGUACGAGUGGUUCCGAACUUGUUGUUAAGCACAAGAAUUCCCUAGUUAUUGGUCGAUCCAGCAUAAAGCCGGGCAGAGAAAAAGGUUGAAUGCAUAAUGUGCUAAAAUAAUUAAAUCAACAUUUAUUGUCAUUUUCUUUUGUUGAUUAUGAUGUAUAUAUAUUCCAUUAUUUAUUAUGUUAUUUUAAUUUUUUUAAAUGUUUAUCUUAUUUUUCAAAUUCUGCGACAACAUUUAUUUUUUCCAUUUUUUUGUUGGGAAGAAAAGGUACACAUUUUGACUAUUAAUUUCUUGUUUUGACAACAGAUGAUACGAGGCAAGAUCACCAUGUGACACUAGUCUGUAAAUCGUGUGGUGAUAUUUUUGAAGAAAGUGGAAGAAAGAAUAAGCCUAGUGAGGAAGAGUGGUUGCCCAGCAAUAUGUGCAAUAAUUGCCGGAAAAUGGUGGUUGAUGCCGGAACAGAUUCCGGUCUUCCACGUCCAAACCUCAAUAGUUCUCAAAAAAGGGAUGAGGAGGAUGAAAACAUUUCAUGGUACUUAAUACCAGCAAUUACAACUCUUAUCUUAAUUAUUUUGUGAAAUUUUUUUAUUAUAUACUAAUUGCUAGGUUCUAUUUUUAUUUUUAUUUUUAUUUUUUUUAUUCAUAUCUCAUAACAAUGAUAGUGUAGAUCACUAUAAGAUCAAUAUGUUCCGUCUUAUACCAGGUUUUAUAAGUAUCGAUAACUAACAACAACUUAAUUAUAAUAACAGUUGGUGUUGGCUGUGUUAGCUAGCUAUUACACGAGACAUUGUCAUACCGCAGUGGCGAAGAAUAUUUUUUUUCAUCGACAUAAAAUUCUUAAGUUCUGGAUAAGAAGUAAGGGAUCAAUCAAAUGCAGAUAUCUACGUUGAAGGCAUCUGAAACAUCAGCUGGACGUCGAAGUUCAACUCUAACCUCUUCCUCUUGAUGCGUGCAUCAAGGCUCUUCUAAAAGCCUAGUUUCCAAGUGAAUAGUUAUUAAGAAACUUGGUCUUCUUUGAUGCGUGUUUAAAUUUUUGUUUUCUUUUAUUUAAAUGAAUAUGAACUUUAUGCAAGGAAGUUACCCAUAUUCUAUAUUUAUAGAUCCAUCAUGAUUUAAAAGCACAACUGUUUAGAAUAUAUACUCGACUUUUUGAUAUACACAGGUUGAAAAGGGG